AUGGACAAGCUGCUGCUGCUGCUGCUGCUGCUGCUUGGGGUAUCUGUCCUCACCAGCCUUCCUUCAGAAGCUUUUGCUCAGACAGACCUCACAGGGAAGGUAUUUGUGUUCCCCAGAGAGACUGAAAGUGCUCAUGUGAAGUUAAUUCCACGUCUGGACAAACCUCUGGAGAAUUUCACAGUGUGCUUUCGAACCUAUAGUGACCUUUCCCGCCAUCACAGUCUUUUUUCCUACAAUACCAAGGGCAGGGACAAUGAGCUACUAAUUUAUAAGGAAAGAGUUGGAGAAUACAAACUGUACAUUGGACGUUCGGGAGUCACAGUCCGUGGUAUGGAAGAAUCUGCUUCUCCAGUGCAUUUCUGCACCAGUUGGGAGUCCUCUUCUGGCAUUGCUGAAUUUUGGGUCAAUGGGAAACCUUGGGUGAAAAAGGGUCUGCAGAAGGGGUACAUAGUGAAAGCCCAACCUAGUAUUGUCCUAGGACAGGAGCAGGAUACCUAUGGAGGAGGGUUUGAUAAGGCCCAGUCCUUUGUGGGAGAGAUUACAGAUUUGAACAUGUGGGACUCUGUGCUGACCCCAGAAGAAAUUACAUUUGUGUACCAAGGUUCCCCUCAUAAUCCUAAUAUUCUGGAUUGGCAGGCUCUGAACUAUGAAAUAAAUGACUACGUAGUCAUCAGGCCCUGUGUGUGGAAUUAA